CCUUUGUUUUUGCUCACAUGUAUAAAAUGGCGGACAAAGAAGUGACACAGAAAGUAGCUAAAAUCCUCAGCUCCAAUGAAUCUAAGUUUAAAACAGUAGAAGUCUCCAAAGAAGUUGACCCGACAUUAGAUCUAGGAAAUCUCUUACUAAUUGAUCACCAACCUGUGGACUCCAAGGAAAUAGAAAGCAGAAAAGAAAAGUUUCUUCAAGAUCUUGCUCGAGACAAUGUACAAUUGCUGUUUAACAAAAUUUGGGAGUUACCUAUAGAAAAAGUUGAAAAUGUUGUUUGUGCCAAGCUCCCUAAUGGAAUAACUUUGCUUCCACGUGAAAAGCCGAUACCGAAGCCUAAACCGCCAACAAAAUGGGAACAAUAUGCUAAAAAGAAGGGUAUUGAAAAUAAGAAGAGGAGUCGGAUGAUAUGGGAUGAAGAAGCACGGUCCUGGAAACCGAGAUAUGGUUAUAAAAGAGGAAAAGAUGACACAAAGGAAUGGUGUAUAGAAGUUCCUGAAAACGCUGAUCCAAAUGAAGACCAAUUCGAAAAAAGAGACAGAGAAAAAAAAGAAAGAAUCGCUAAAAAUGAAUUGCAACGGUUACGAAAUAUCGCGAAAAAUCAGAAAGGUGGAAAAGGUUUGAUAAUGAGUACACAGUUUAAACCAACACAGAAAAAAGAUAAAGAGCGGGUGGCAAAAGAGAUCGAUGUUGCUAAACUAUCAACAGCCUCACUUGGUAAAUUUCAAGACAAACUUCCGAAAGAGAAAGAAAAUAAAAAGACAGGUUUAAAAAGGAAGUUCGAAUCCGUAAGCGGCGAUAUCUCGGGAGAGAAAAAAAGAGCGCUAGAUAUAUGGGAAAAACUAAACAAACCGAAUACAUUAGAUGUUACAAAGGCUGUGAAUAAACAUAUUUCAAAUGAACAAAUGAAUUCAAGUGGAAGAAAAAAAGGUUCAGGAAAAGUGAAAAACAAACGCUUCAAGAAGGGUAAACAAGCAACCAUGGACAAAAUGAAAGGAAAAACACUGGGUAAAGGGAAGAAGAGGAGAUAGAAUUUAUUUGUACGACAUCGUGGACUGCAGUAAACUAGCUAGCUACUUUUUGUAAUUUAUGCUUCUAUUUUUCCUGCCUGCAAUACAAGUGAAGCUUAGAAA